GCAAAGAGUCUCAUCAUCACAUUAAUCUUCUUAAUUCUUUCUUAUUUCCUCAUUGUGUAAGACGGAUUCCAUCCUUUCUUUGAAAGAGAACGUUAUUAUUAUAUGGCCACCACUUUACAGAAGAGGGGACUCUUGAGCUUGGGGAAGCGAUUUCUGAACCAAUUCAGCUACGCAAGUGCUCGAAAUUCACCUACCCUCUCUGGCAGGAGGGCAGUGCACGCAUCAGUGUACGACAAGAAUCCAGAGGAAUACGUGCGACCUUAUUUUGUGGUGUCAGAUGAAGGGACCAAAGACAAGUACUGGGCUCCUCAUCCUCAAACAGGAGUGUUUGGGCCAGCAACUGAUCACAGUGGUUUCCAAACGAUGCCUCCUGCGAUUGCUAGUGUAGAUUCUGUAUUGGAACAGAAGGCCUUCUUCCGCCCUCUUGAGGAUCUUGAGAAGCUACCCUACCUUUAACUUUCAUAAUCACACUGUGUUAAUUCUCCCCACUUUACACAGCUAAAUGGGGCUGAGGGUAGCAGCAAGUUUUAAGAAAUUACAUACUAUAUAUUUGCUUUAUUUAUAUUCUUUGAGUCUGUAACAUAUGAGUAUUUGCAAGUGUAGUCUUAGACGACUGCCUCUGCACUGCUUUCAAAUGUUUAUGAUUAUGAGAGCUAUUGUUAUAUGAGUUUUUUACUUCUGUCAAGUCCUGUCCCUUUGUGUACUUGCAGGAGGAAAGCUAUAACAUCCUCGUUGAAUUACA